AGUUGACUAUGUAUUUAACCCUAAUCCUGAAGUGUAAAAUUCAGACAGUCUGCACUGGUCCCGAAGCUAUAGAAGUUGAGAACAAUCGAUAUUGAAAAAUAAAAAUGCGUUCCCUUCUCUUUAGUCUUGUAAUUUGUUUGCCAGGAUUUCUAGGUGUGCCUGUAGAAUAUUGGCAUGUCGAAUCCACAGCAGGAAAAGGACUAAUUAACUGUGCCCUUUGCAAUUCCAUUAUCUCCGAUAUAUUCUUGGGAUUUGAGAGUGGACAGACUGAUGACGAGAUUUCUGCAGGAAUCGGCCAGAGAUGCGAAACCCUUAACUUGUACAAUUUCAAAGUUUGCAACGGGACCGCUGCUAUUGCCAUGCCAACUAUCAGAUACAUCUAUUCAUUGGGAGUAAUUCAAGGAAACAUUUGCGGCAUGUUGUUGCAGACCGAAAACUGCGGUUUUUCUGAUCCAGGAGUACUAGAGUGGUCAGUUGCACCCAGCUCGGUUCCGAAACCGCCUGUUACAGAACCAGCUUUGCCUCCGGCCGGCUCCCCUAUUCUGAAAGUUCUGCAUUUGUCCGACAUUCACUGGGAUCCGGAGUACCUCGAAGGAUCCAAUGCCGCAUGUGGCGACCCGCUAUGUUGUCGAGCAUCUUCCGGAGAAGUUGUUAACGCUACAGAUGCAGCAGGAUAUUGGGGUGAUCGUCGAGGUUGUGAUUUACCCUGGAGGACGGUAGAAAAUGCAGUGUCACACAUGGCUCAACAGCACCCGGAUACAGCUUACAUUAUUUGGACGGGAGAUUUGACGCCUCAUGAUACGUGGUCCACCGACAAAGAUGAAAAUCUGAUGAUUAUUGAUCGUUUGAUGACCCUGAUCCAGCAAUACUUCCCUAACGUACCUGUCUAUCCAACUUUAGGCAACCACGAGUCUCAUCCGGUUAACACUUUUGCUCCACCAGAAAUUACUGACGUGGAGUUCAAUACUGCUUGGCUUUACGAUGAAGCAGACCGACAAUGGGCUCGAUGGCUUCCAGCUGACGCCUCAUCAAGUGUCCGUUAUGGUGGAUAUUACACGGCCUUGGUUCAGCCAGGACUUCGCAUCGUCUCCAUGAAUAUGAAUUACUGCUACAUUUUCAACUACUGGACGUAUUACAAGUCUCAAGAUCCCGCAUCAAUCCUUACUUGGCUUAGUCAAGUUCUUGAGGACGCUGAAUUAGCUGGAGAAAAGGUCCAUAUCCUCAGCCACAUUCCUCCAGGAAAUCUUGAUUGCUGGACCAUCUUUAGCCGAGAAUUCGCCAAGAUCAUCAACAGAUUCGAAUCGACGGUAGCCGCCCAGUUUUACGGUCACACUCACAAAGAUGAGUACAAGAUCUUCUACGAUCUUGAAGAGGUGAAUCGGCCAAUAAAUGUUGCUUUCGUCGCCCCAAGUUUGACAACCUCUUCUGACAAUCCUGGUUACCGAAUUUACACAGUCGAUGGGCAAAGGACUGGAUCCACUUGGGCUGUGCUGGAUCACAGUUCUUGGAUCAUGAAUUUGACAGUUGCUAACCAAGAUCCUUCUAUCGACCCCGUCUGGUUUGAAUUAUACCAAGCGAAACGUGAUUAUGCCGUGGCCGAUUUGAGUCCGAGAUCGAUGGAUGCAUUCUAUCAACAACUCGUGACUGACGACACUGUCUUCCAGAUGUACUUUGAGCACUAUUACAAAAAGUCAGAAGAAAGAUUGGAAAAGGGCUGUGACAUUGACUGCCGCACCAAGCUUCUAUGCUUUAUCAUCACAACUGAUCCGUUGGAUCAAAGCCGUUGCCAAAAUAUCCGUCAAAUUUUAAGCCAGCAUCCCGACUUUUAAAUGACGAACUACCGUUUUUCGUUCUGUUGCACCGUUUUUUAACUGGCUGACACGCCUCAGUACUAAUACAACUACAAUUCUGCAUC